UAUCUAACCCUUCAGCAUUUCCAUCUGCACAAUGAUCAGUAAUUACUGCAUGAUAAUAUUCAAUAUCCUUUUUCCAGCUGCCGUUAACUUUCUACGAUCCUUACUUGAACCUGACCCUAUUAAACGGCCCAAUGUCCAGCAGGUACUGUCUGAUCUCUGGCUGAACGACGACCAUCCCGGGACACCAAUGUGCAGCAGUGUUUACCCAGACCGGCUUCACCCUGGAGACUUGAAUCAGAAUGUGCUGCUUCACAUGACUGAGAAGCUGGGAUAUAAACGUACUGAGGUGGUAAACACUGUGCUGGCAAACCGAGCUUCACACAUCCUUUCCAUUUAUUUUCUGCUAAACAAGAAGUUGGAUUACUAUUUUAAAAGUAUCCAAAAACGAGACUUUGCAAAUGGUAUUUGCUACAAGAAUCUGCUGCAUCAGUCUGAUAAGUACAGGCUCAAGGGAAUACAGGAGGAAAAGAAGCCCAAGAAUCCAGAAAGAGGAGUGGAGUUUUUCCAAAAAACAUCUGUGAGAAAAGCAGAGAGAGGCUCUAAACCUUUAAGUUCCAGUAAAACUGUGCUGAAGGAGAAAAAGGUUCCCGAAUCUGAGAGAGGGCUGAUUCUGGAACCUUACCUUCCUAUAGCUACGCCAGCAGGUGAAGCUAGAGCCAGCAAGAAUGGAUGUGUCAGCUCACAAUCCUUAGAGUAUUUGGAAAUGAAUUGUCCUCUCCCCAGAACCCCUAUGCCUAUCAGACAACAUGGCUGUCAGCCACUAGAAACUGUGAGCACAAAACAAGGGGCAAAGGGCAUAUAUCCCAGUGUGAACAGUAAAUAUCCUACCUGCAAGGGGCAAGAUCAAAUUGAACUAAUUUCUCAGCAGAAAGCCAUGGGACCUUCUGGGAUUUUGUCUUACUCAUCCACUGAACAGACUGCAGUUUCAAUUCAGCAGCAUGGGUGUUUAAGGUCCAUGAAAACACUGAGUCAUCCUAGUCACACCAUUCCAACGCAUGAAGAAAAGAAAGACCUUAUGGGAUCCCAGAUGGUGUCCCAUGUUCCAUCUGUUUCCAAUAAUGCAAGAUCCAUUGAAAUGGGCAAUCCUUAUAUGGUUAAAAGCAGGGGCAAGUUUCCAAUGAUGGGCAUUGGUCAGAUGCUGAGAAAACGGAAUCAAACGAUACAAUUAAAAAUGGACAGACCCAAAGAAACGUGUUGUCCUGAGUUUCCCACAUCAGAUAUUAUACAGAAGAUGCUGUGUACUUCUGGUAGUCUGGAGCCCCAGUGCUGAUUUCAGUUGUCAACCAGAAUUAAAUGUUGAUGUAACUUAUCUCAAAGGGACACACAUCGAGUUUGCAGAAUUGUUCACUAUAUUUUUUCCAUGCGUAUUUCUUCGUAAAGUUUCUCAGGAACAUAUCUUGAAAAUAUUUAAUCUAAAUUUAGAAUGCAAAGCUAGUUUGAAUGGCGCAAGGCCAAAUGUUUGUUCACGUAUCUGUAUAAUUUGAAACAGCACAAAGUUAAUUGAUUCUGUGUAUAAUAACAGCAUGAAAACCUUUGUAAAAAUAACAUUGUUCGUUGGAUCAUUUUCAUUUGAGAAUUGUGAACUUUUCAACUGAUGCUGAAUUUUUUGACAUUGUAGGCAGCCACCCAUCAAAGGGCUGAAGGUAUUAUACUUGAGAAACAUUUAAUUGUGUUUUUAUUCCAUACAUGUGCUAUUAGAGUCAUAGAGUCAUAGAGAUGUACAGCAUGGAAACAGACCCUUCGGACCAAC